GCUCCUACCGCGACGGUCUCCACGAUUCAGAAGAUCAACAAGCUCAUCCGCACCACGAAAGACACCGCCGACGUAUUCAUGGUCAUUCCCGCCCUCGAGCAGCUGGCAGCGGUCGGCUGGGGCGACGCCGCUUGGGCAGCCCAGACCAUCGGCGAGAUGAUCGUGCCGACACCGCUUUCCUUUCUGGACGGCUCUGCUGAGACGGUGACGCCCAUUUCUUGCAGAUCGUGCAGGCUACCGGGGGUAGCUAGAAGCAGUACCAGCGCCGAAGUGCAGAUGAUGACCGAGACCCUGGACAAGAUCAGCUACAUGCGCCUGUUCAUUUACGAGCUGGAGUGCGGCCCAGUCGACCACACCAACAAGCAGCACGCGAACGACAAGAGCGAGUCUGCUGGACUGGGUCUUCGCGACAAGAGGACCAGGAUCGAGUGCUUGGGCAUCUGCCAGCAGGAGCAGCAGACGGGACUUCAGAUUUGCUGGGUUCACAGCGACGCCGUGCUAGCCGACGGACUUGCCAAAGACCGCGCCGCGGAGUGCCUGCUGGAGUUUUUCGGGAGUGGUCAGCGCUGGAGGCUCGUGGACGAUCCAAUACAUCGCAGCGCCAGGAAGCGCAAGUCCGAGGACAUCGACAAGCUAGAACACGGUGCUCCUGUACCAGACAGUGCAGACUCCAGCAUGCUCGAAGCCCUGAUCUACUUCUCACGCGAGAAAGGGAGCGAGGACAUGAGGCCCUCUGGCGGCCAGUGA